AUGGCCCCCAAGGCCCCGACCGUCCUGCUCACUAACGACGACGGCCCCCCAAAUGCUCGCGAAUCACCCUAUGUUUUUGGUCUAUACCAACAUCUCACCCAGACGCUAGGAUGGAACGUCAAGGUUGUUUUGCCUAGCUCGCAAAAGUCGUGGAUCGGCAAGGCAUACCACAUCAAUGAGGUAACGAAGGGCACCUAUUUCUAUCCCAAGGCUCUUGACGGUGCUGGGGAAGUGUCCGUGACCUCUCGGCCUCUGAAAGACGGCGAAAUAGCAGAAUGGAUUCUCCUUGACGGUACCCCAGCUACCUGCGCGAACGUCGCCUUGCACAAUCUCUUCCCCGGGCAGAUCGAUCUUGUUGUAUCUGGACCUAAUCUAGGAAGGAAUUCGUCGUCCGCAUUUGCUCUUUCUUCGGGUACCAUUGGCGCCGCACUGUCUGCAUCACUGUCCCAAACGCGAUCAAUUGCCAUAUCGUACGGAACCGUUCUUCAUCCGACGCCAACCACCUUUUUCGAGCCUGCCCACAUACUUGGCAUAAGAAUCAUCAAUUAUCUCUGGGGUAAUUGGGGGAAGGAUGAAGGAGGUCUUAGAGAGGAUGAAGUGGAUCUCUACAAUGUCAACAUUCCCCUUAUACAAGGGCUUUUGACAGAGGAAAGCCUGAAGAUUUGUUGGACAACGAUGUGGAGAAAGCCUUACGGCAGACUUUUCAAGCGACUGGAAACCUCGGAUCUCGUGAAGGAUUCGAGUUCCGCCGCCGGCCCAGAUGCACCAGCUAUAAGUGGGGAUUCCGGAGUUAAUCGGCCAAGCGGAUUACUGUUCAGAUGGUCACCGAAUAUGGAGGGUUUAAUUCGACCUCCAGAGUCAUCUCUACCCGUCGGAUCUGAUGGAUGGGCAAUACACAAGGGCUGGGUGAGUGUCACUCCGCUGUGUGCUACUUUUGCAGAGCCUCCACAUCCGGAAGUGCAGGACAUAGAAGAAAAGGUCUGGAAAAUGAAGUUGUAGAUGUAUUCUGUGUAAAGUCUAUGCUACGCGUCAAUACAAAGUUUUUUGCUAAAAGGA